UAAACGGCUGCAGGAGGUAGAUCUUAAUACUGUAAAUUUAUUCACAGACAUUCGUGUUUUCCCGAGCUAUUUUAUACCGUUUUUUUUGUUAAAGCAACAUGUCGCUCACAUAGCUGAAAAUAUAUAUUUUUUGUAAUUCAUAUGCAGUACUGUAAUUGUUUAUUUUAGAACUAGUGUCACUUUAUAAAAUGGAUCUAAGGGCAAAACAAAGCAGUUGGUUUAAUACACUGCCGUUUAAAUUGCAAUAUUUUAUAUAUUUCAUUUCUAUCACCGAUUGGAUUCAUGCUGGAGCUGGGUAUGCCACAAUUAGAGAUAGUGGAUGGCUGGACCAUCAGACACACAAGCUAGACCAUAUAGCGCAAUAUGAAACCAUCAUCCCUCAGUGGUUGACUCCUGCACGCUUAAGGAGAUCAGUCUUAACAAAUAAGUAUCCUUCUGCAGCAGAGAUCAAAGUAACUGCCCAAGGAAAAGAUCUGAUUUUACAGAUCGAAAGGAACGAGCAGCUUUUUGCACCUGCUUAUACAGAGACUCGAUAUAGCCCCAAUGGAAUACCACAAACAUCCUCCCCACAAAACACAGAGCAUUGUUUUUACCACGGCAGUGUGAGGGGAAUGGAGCACUCCAGCGUGGCAAUGAGCACCUGCAAGGGCUUACGGGGUCUGAUAGCUGUGAACAGCAGCCUGAGUUACUUGAUAGAGCCCCUUCACGAGGGCGAGGAGCAGCACCUGAUCUACCUCACCGAGCACCUGAACUUGAGAAAGGGGACCUGCGGACACAAGCAUGAGGGGCAGGAGGGGGACCCGUCCCGGGACAUCACUGGAUUCACACGCAGGACCUCGCCUCGCAGGGAAAAGAGAGAUGUUAUGAAGAACAUGAAAUAUGUUGAGCUAUUAGUGGUAGCGGACAAUGCUGAGUAUCAGAAGCUAAAUUCUGAUUAUGAGAAGACCAAGAUGAAGAUUCUGGAAGCUGCUAACUAUGUAGACAAGUUUUACAAAGCUCUCAAUAUCCGGAUAGCCCUGAUUGGCCUGGAGAUCUGGACGGACAGAGACCAGAUCAGCAUCUCUGAGAACCCCUACAGCACACUGGGGUCCUUCCUGACAUGGAGAAGGAAGCAGCUCGUCCACAGGAAGAAUGACAAUGCACAGCUCAUCACUGGGGUUGCUUUCCAUGGCACUACCAUUGGCCUGGCCCCUCUAAUGGCCAUGUGUUCAGAGUACCAGUCUGGAGGCAUCAACUCAGAUCACUCCGACAAUGCGAUUGGAGUCGCCGCCACCAUGGCCCACGAGAUGGGGCACAACUUCGGAAUGAACCAUGAUGCUACCGGCUGCUGCUUAGCAAACCCUGAGGAUGGGGGCUGUAUCAUGGCUGCAGCCAUAGGCCAUCCAUUCCCAAAGGUUUUUAACAGGUGCAAUGAGAAGGAGCUGCAGAAGUACCUGGGAACGGGAGGAGGGAAGUGCCUCUUCGACAUGCCCGACACGAAGGCUAUGUACGGAGGGCAGCGGUGUGGGAACGGAUACCUGGAGGAGGGCGAGGAGUGUGACUGUGGAGAAGUGAACGAGUGCUCCAGCCCCUGCUGCAAUGCCAAUAACUGUACGCUGAAGGUGGGAGCAGAGUGUGCUCACGGAGUAUGCUGUGACAACUGCAAGCUGAAGAGCCCAGGAAACUUGUGCAGGAAGCCGUCUGGGUCAUGUGACCUCCCAGAAUAUUGUGAUGGGAAGUCAGAAUCCUGUCCUGCCAAUUUCUACCUCAUGGACGGCAAUCCCUGUCAGGGGGGCGGGGCUUACUGCUACAACGGCAUGUGUCUGACUUUGGAGCAGCAGUGCCUGUCGCUCUGGGGCCACGGAGCUAAGCCCGCCCCGGACGCCUGCUUUCAGCGUGUUAAUGAGGCUGGUGACACCUACGGGAAUUGUGGGAAAGACAUGUAUGGCAAAUACAGGAAGUGUGAGACAAGGCAUGCAAAAUGUGGGAAGAUCCAGUGCCAGACCUCGGCUACUAAGCCGGUGGAAACCAAUGCCGUUUCCAUAGAUACCACGGUCACCCUCAAUGGACAGAGAAUCAAGUGCAAAGGGACCCACGUGUACCGAUCAGAACAGGACGGAGACACGCUGGACCCAGGGCUAGUCAUGACUGGAACAAAGUGUGGGGAAAACAAGAUAUGCUUCGAAGGGGAAUGCCGUAACUCCUCCUUUCUCAAAGCUGGUGAAUGUGACAAGAAGUGCAGCGGGCACGGGUCUUGCAACAACAAUCACAACUGUCACUGUGAGGCAGACUGGUCCCCUCCGUUCUGUGACAAACCGGGGCUGGGCGGCAGUGUGGACAGCGGCCCUAUGUCUUCACAAAGUGAUUUGCUGCUGUUACUCACACCUCUUGUGCUGCUGUGCCUGUGUGUGCUGGGGAUCAGCCUGUACUGCUGCUACAAACACAGGGACAGCCUGCAGAAGAAAUCCCCUACUCCCCUACCCAAACCAAAGGAAUUAAGCAAUGCUGCUGCCAGGUCUGAUCCAAAAACUGUUGUCACUGGCCACUCUAACCCCACUUUCAAACUGAAAACACAAGACGACAAUGACAAGGGGUGCAGCCUUCCCUACAGUUCUCCUUUCCCUCCAAAGGGGAGGUUGCCCAUUUCGAGGCCAUCCUGCAGUCCCCCAAAAGUGCCUUCUUCAUUAGCUAAGCCGGCUCUGAAGAACCCAGUGCCCCAGCAAUCCGCAGUCAAACCACUUAUGCCUCCCAGAGCCCCGCCCCUGACAGACACAAGACAGAGACAGGCUCCGCCCAGCAGACUGCCGCCUCCCUGUCCGGUGGUUAGACCUCCCAAGAUUUCAUAAAGAAGUUGACACAAGAUGAGGAAAAAUACUUUGGAAGACUUUGAAAGAUUCUGUGAAAUGACGUGAAAUAAGUUAUAUUUUGAAUCAAUAGAAAGAUUAUGUUACUGCCCCCUUCCCAUUUUUCAUGUUUCCUUCUUAUUGCAAGUAGUUUUGUCUGUGUUGAAAUUGCAUUCGUCUGAGUUCAGAAGCCAUUCUUCAGUUCCAGUGGCAAAGACCAGCCAGGUUGUGGCAUCGAAUAAACAUCGAGACCUACUUUUGUAUUGCUGGCAAUAUAGAGUGGGAAUCAGGGGUGUGUCCAAUCAUGGUCCUGGAGGGCAAUUCCACUCCAGGUUUAACAGGUAAGCUUAGAUAAUGAACUGCUUCAGGGUCUGGAUGAAGGUUUCAUUGCUUGAAUUAUCAGUUUAAAAUAGGGUUGGAAAAAAGACCAGGAAUGGAAAGGCCAAGCUAGCACUGAUUAACAUAUAACUGUACAUCCAUAACUUUAAAUCACCCAUUGAAAACUCUUAAGGUAAUAUCUGACUUUUUAAAUUGUGUUUGAAGCUAAUUACCCUUUAAAUAUUUCUAUCAGACUUACAGGGUUGUCUGACAAACCAUGUACAUUUGUGCAGCAGUCAAAUACAAUUUUAAUAGUUUCAAUUUCUGUAAAGAAGAACAUAAAUGAAUAUACAUAAAGAAGGAGGGAAUGCUAAUUUAAGAGUGCUUUGUUUACUGUUUAGGAUAGUUGGGAAUGUGUUUUAUUAAUAGUAUGAAGUGUUUUGUCAGACCUGAACUUGAUCUCUAAACUUAAAUCUUGAAACUGAGUAUCAGGUUAAAAUAUUUAAUUAGGGUUAGCUUUCCAGAUUUCUGAAGUUGGGCUGCUUUAUUAUCUCACAAUGCACUGCUGCGUUCCUAAGAAUUGUUUAUAUUGUGAAGUCCCAUUCAUUGUUCAAACAAGGGAGAAAUGCCCUUGCCCAGUCAGGUUAUGGGUAGAAAUAUACUGUUUAUCAGUCUGUUCCUUAUCUUUUUACUUGCAUGCUUAAUGCUUAAUGAUGCCCAUCCCUACCCAACAGCAAAUUGUAUCAAGUUUAUUGCAAUACCAACUUUUUUCCUAUUUUACUUUUUCUUUUUUUUUUGGUCUCAUGUCAACACACGUGUCAGACAAAUGAUAUUAUUAUAUUUUUGUUUUUUUGUUUUUUUUAAAGAAAGUGUGAUUACUGGCAUCAAUAUGAAAAGUAUUUCACCUUUUUCACCUUCAUGUGUAAUAUGUGGCCAGGUUAGCUAACCUGUGCUGCUGAACUUGCUGUGUGAUAGUAUUGUAGGACUGUUCUAUACAAAGAAUUGAGGCACAGCUCAAAUAAGAGCUUCUGUAGAUGUUCCAAAACUUUUAAAUGUUUUAAAACAUUCUGAUCUUAACCUAAUCAGAUGCUGCAGUCUAAAGUCGUAACUCACACAACGGUACAUUUUUCAAAUCCAGCACUAGUAAAGUGUUGUGGCAUCUGCAGCUGAGGAUAUUUUAAAAAGUGUAUCAGAAAAAUGGAAUACUUGACACGUUAGUCAUCAGUCAUUUCACCACGAUGUUGUACUUUUGUGUUUCAAAUAAAAAACACUUCAGGGAAAUGUACUGUAUAUAUUUUUGUCAUUAUGAUCAUGUAUUUGAAGAUUAUUUUUUGGUAUUAUUGAUUUAUUCAAAUUCUCUUUAACUAUCUAAAUACAAACUGUGUAAUGCAUUGUGCCUUCC